AAUUCAUGUCGGAAAAGGGCCAGCCAUUGCCAAAAUUUGGUGAAUGGGAUGUCAAUGAUCCUGCCUCAGCUGAGGGAUUCACUGUGAUCUUUAACAAGGCAAGGGACGAGAAGAAAACAGGUGGCAAACCUGAGUCACCAGCAAAGGCUGAUCCUCAUGCUAAGCCUAGAGCGGAACCUGGCAAAACCCAACCUAAAAAAUGGUUUUGCUGUGUUCUAGCUCCAGCUGCAGAAUCUUGAAGAACUCGCAUAAGACUAAGAGCUUCCACAAGAAUGUUAAUGUCCCACCAUAUUUUCCUAAACAAGAUGGGAUCUAUAGGUCUUGAUAAGCCCGUCUAGAUUUCCAUUUUGUGGUGUAAAAUUUAAUUCUGGGGGAAGAAGUAAACAAGACAAACACUUGCUGUAUCUAUAUAUUGAUUUGGUGGUUGUUAUCAGAAAUUGUGUUAUUUCAUUGUCUUUGCCGCCUGUGUUAUAAAGCCACAGAGGUUUUGCUGUGACACAUUCUUUCUUCAUGUUAUACAUGUGAUCGGUGUUUUUU